CUCAAGAACGCUUGAAGGGGACGAGAAUGAUGCGGAAGUGGCUAGGCAGCUCAAGAACGCUGCAAGUCGUGUCUAUCACGCACGCAAAAGAUUGGCUCGAGCAACAGGCGAGACGCACGCACUUGAGCAGGAUGCACGCACGGAGCGCGGGAGUCACCAGCCAACGGGCGAGAAUGAUUGCGGGCGACUGGUGCGCGGGACGGACGAGCGGGCGCCAACUGGCGCAGGCACGCAGAACGCGCAGGCGACGGAUACAGCGGGCACGGGCGCAGGAGACGCGCACAACUGUGAAGCACGUGCGGGGCUCGAGGCUGCAGUCCUCAAGGCAUGCAGAAAGGCAUGGGACCACGCGCGCGCUGAUGGAGUGGGAGGCAUAGGC